UGGGUGAGACCUUUGCUCCCAACCAUUGCAUCCGACAGAGUUUCUCUCCUAAAGUUAGUGAAAAGGGGAUCCUCAUUUCCUCCCAUCAACACCACUGGACAGUAAUCGCCAAGCACCUCCUAGCCUCAGAUCUCACCGAGCAUAUCAAACCCCAACCUCUCUUGCCAAUGGUCAUCCACCAUCUCAACCGCUGCGCACAAGGGUACAGUCUCCGUCCGGCCGUUUGCCCGGCCGGACCUUCCUUCACACCCAUGAUCACCUGGAGAAUUUCCUUUGCUUCCCAUGGCCAUGGAGAAGAACCAAGACACCCAGCUGAUCAUGGGCCGUUACAGGCUCGGCCGCCUCCUCGGCCGCGGCAACUUCGCCAAGGUGUACAAGGCCCAUAAGGUGGCCACCGGCGAGGUCGUGGCCAUCAAGGUGUUCAACAAGGACGCCGUGCGCCAGUCCGGCAUGUCGGAGAAGGUGAAGACGGAGGUGGACGUGAUGCGGCGCGUGCACCACCCCAACGUCGUCCGCCUCCACGAGGUGAUGGCCACGCGCUCCAGGAUCUACUUCGUCAUGGAGUACGCCGCCGGCGGCGAGCUCCUCGCGCGCCUCGCCCAGAGCGCGCGGCUUCCCGAGCCCGUGGCGCGCCGCUACUUCCAGCAGCUGAUCACGGCCGUCGAGUUCUGCCACAGCCGCGGCGUCUACCACCGCGACCUCAAGCCCGAGAACCUGCUCCUCGACGCGCGCGGCGACCUCAAGGUCUCCGACUUCGGGCUCAGCGCGCUGCAGGACGCCGGCGCCCGGCUGCGCGGCGACGGCCUCUUGCACACCGCGUGCGGCACGCCGGCGUACGUCGCCCCCGAGGUGCUCCUGAAGUGUGGCUACGACGGCGCGAAGGCGGACAUCUGGUCGUGCGGUGUGAUCCUCUUCGUGCUCAUGGCCGGCUACCUCCCGUUCAACGACACCAACCUGGUGUUGCUAUACCGGAAGAUCACGCAGAGCAACUACAGGUGCCCGCCGUGGUUCUCCGUCGACGCGCGCAAGCUCCUCGCCAGGCUGCUCGACCCCAACCCCAGGACCAGGAUCACCAUGACCAAGCUCAAGGCCCAUCCCUGGCUCCAGAAAGGGCCCUGCCCUCUCACCGACAAGCCUCUCGUCACGAGCGAGACCUCCGUGCUGCUCGGCAAGGAAGCCUGCAAGUGCCACCACCACCGCGACGAAGAGGACGAGGAGGACGCCCGGGAGAGGAAGCGCUCCAAGGUGACCGUGUCGUCGCCGACCAUCGCCGUGAGGCCGUCGAGCAUGAACGCCUUCGACAUCAUCUCGCGGUCGAGCGGGCUGGACCUGUCCAAGAUGUUCGAUGAGGAGCACGGGGCGGAGGCGCGGUUCGCCUCCAGAGAGAGCACGGCGGCGAUCGUGUCCAAGCUGGAGGAGAUCGCCGAGGCGCGGAAGCUCAGCGUCAAGCUGAAGGAGAAGGGCAGGGUCGAGAUGGUGGGCAGCCAGGACGGGGGAAGAGGCGCGCUCGCCAUCGAGGCGGAGAUCUUCGAGGUGGCGCCGUCGGUGCACGUGGUGGAGAUGAGGAAGACCGGCGGCGACUCGCUCGAGUUCCGAGAAUUCUACAGGCAGGACCUGAAGCCGUCGUUAGGCGACAUUGUGUGGUCGUGGCAGGGCGGUGAUUUGCCGCCGCCGGCUCUCGUGCCGGCAGCGCCGAGGCGGACCACCACGUAGCGUUCCUCCUGAAUCAAGGAGUUCUGAUUUGCCGGUGAUGCAUGUGAUCCGAUCGGCAUCCGGUCUUGGCGUCUUGCUAUUGUAAUCCAUCAGGCCGGCCCACAUGUUUCCUAAACUUCUGGGCUUCUGUUUACUGCAGAAUGAGAAUUUUUUCAUUUUUCUAUUUUUUAUUU